GAAAAUUAGAGGGAUGUUUUCAUGAAUCCUCAAAGGUUUGUGAAUGAUGGGAAACUUGUUAGCUGUAUCUGUUUAUUUCUACUAAAGGUAGAUGCUCAAACACAUCAACAGCUGCUUCUUCAGGCAGAGUUGCAGGCCAAGAAACGAGAACUAGAGGAAUUGAUGCGGAAGGAUCAAGGUCAAACAUCAGCCAUCAAUCAGGAUGUGUGCAGUGUGAUAUCUGCUGACAAGUCUGAGACACCAGGAUACAGUUUCUUGGCUGAAGGAACAGCAAAUGCUACAUGGGGUGGCUCCACACAGGGAACAUUGGAUGAUCUAGCAGAUCAGGAUAAUGAUAUUCAGGAGCAGAGUGCUGGCUACUCAAGUGACGAAGCCCAAGAUGAAGAGGAGGAGGAAGAUCUAGCAUUCCGUGCCGGUUCACUGGUUCAGUUAAACAAUAGCAGCAACAACAAAGAUCCUUUGUCACAGACCAUGACAACCACAAGGGACCUGUUAAGCAUGUCCUUGGAAUCAAGCCGCUUAUCGCUGUCAGGAAAUAUGAACACAAGCCACAGUAAUGCUGCAAGCAUAGCUGGAUCUAGCAGCCGUGUUCCUCCCUCUGCUGGAAGCUGUUCUCGUUCACAGAGACAAGGCCCUGCCUCUCACAAUGUUUGGAGGAAACUGUCUGCAGACAGUGGAACAUCUGGUCCACGAGCCAUUUGGACUCCUUCAUCUCACCAGAUGAGACAAGAAAAUCUGUGUACAGCUGAUGAAUUGGUCUCAUCAUCCAACAAUCUAGACAAUAACAACAGCAGUAGUUCUGCAACCCUGCAUAACACAGGCCUCAUGAGCUCAAAUUCCAGCCCCAGCUGGUGGCAGCAGCAAGCACUUCAGUUGCAGCAUCAGCUGGAGGUCACCAGCAAUUUGUGCCAGAGCAUGCUGCUGGAACAAUCACAACAGCAGCAACAUGGAAACAACCUGCUUACUUCUGUUGGAGUUGGCAACAACUUAUUGCCUCACUGGGGUUUCCCACCUCCACCAUACCCUUCUACACCCCACCCUCAAGCCCAUUCAGUUAUAGCAGGUGGGCUUGGCAGUCACCUCCUUCCAGCAAAUGUUACUUCACUUCCUGAUACUUACUACCAGCAGUUACUUGCAGCAAGUCAGCUACAGCAGCAGCAGAUGUUGUUAACGACAGUGAAUCAAUGUUGCCAACUCCUAUGGUUGCAGCAAAGAGAAAUUAUGGCAUUGAGGUCAGCAGUUCAUGCUCUUCAAGAGAAAACAUCUUGUGGAAAUGGCAGUCAUGGAGGUGAAAGUUAUUCAUCACCUGCAGUGAUUGGUCAGCCUGAAGAAGCUAUACUCAUCGCAUCCACUCAGAAUAGCGCACAUCCAACACCACAUCAAUCCCAGUCAAAUCUUACAAGGCUCCAACAGACCAUAACUAACCCUAACUUGACCUCCUUUACUCCCCACCAGAAUCUGAAGCUGAGUUACAGUGGAGGUCUGUUCCAGUCACCUGAAGAAAUGACUGCUUCGUCUGGAGUAACCAGUGCCCAUUCCCUGCCUAAUCUCUCGCAGACAACAACCUCUGCUAACUCUGUUUUCUCUCCGCAUCACCCUGAUGCUGGCCCUUCAAACACACCCUUGAAUAAUGUUGUUCCAAACUUCAGUCCAACUCCAGCACAUAAUUUUCUUGCUGGUACCAUGACCUUGCCAUUUCCUGUAAAUAACAAUGUGAAUUUCAACAACCGGUCCCAACAGCAACCUCUGUCUUCUUUGAUCCAGUGCUCUGCCCCUCAGCCUGGUUCAGGUGCCCCUUGGCUGCAACAUGGGGCUCCAGGGGGGACACCAGGACUCCUACAGGGACACACAACUCCUUCACCUGUACCAGCCCUCAACAAUCAGGUCCCACCAGGAAACAGGGCAAACAACUACUGGGAUAAUUUUAGAAGCUACUCCCGUCAGAACCUGUUGUCAACAAGUACGAAGAGUAACGAAGGCGUAUCACACAGCCCAAGCCCCCUCGUGGAUCGAUCUCACAACACUUUGCGAGGCUCUUUUAGUCAGUCCAGCAGCUUAGUGGCUGUAGAUCCUCAAUCAAGUACAUCAAUUCUGUCACAAGGCAUAGGAGGAGCCAUAUUCUCUGGUCCAGAGCAGAACAUGUCUCGGAAGGAAAAACUGAAUACAGAGCAAUACCAGAGCACCCAGGACAAUAUCAGCCUCCCUGGUCCAGCCCAUAACAAUGUGUCAGAUGCAACUGGACUACAUUACAGGCUGUUAGAAACUCCAGGUUUAUCCAGCUGUCAUCCAAGAUCAAGGGAUCAGCAUAACUUUGGUGAUCAGCCAAAUAUUUCAAGACCUAGGGCACAGAGACAAAUUUUGCCAAAUGAAAAUAUUUUACAGGAUUUACAUCUCCAGACAAAUGUUUCUGGAAUAAGAAGUUUAGUCAGAUGUAUCCCAAGUACAGGAGGGCAACAGAAUUUUAGUUCUGUGCCUGAGCUUCAUCUUGAAUCUGACAUUACAACAGAUGUAAGGAAUAUAUCACUUGCAGGACAGGAUGUUCAAAGGCAUCAGAAUUUUUCCUUGUCAUCAGAAUGUUUGUCAUCUUACCAAGAGAACCAAGGGUCCAGAAAUGAUGAAUUGUCUGAGUUCUCACACAUUAAGACCGAAGGUGUAUCAUUCCCUGCAGUCAGCAAAAGGAAGAAUCCCAAACCUUCAUUGUCAUCAGUGUCUGAGUCACAACAGAAAUGUAUUUCUACCUGUGAUUCUACUGCCAAUACCACAGACCAAAAACCAGAACAUAUAGGGAAUGCCUUGUUUGAAGCCCUCAGUGAGUCUGUGUACUCAGAAGUUGCAGCACUCAUAUCAGCCAAUGAGAAUCGUCCCCACUUCUUGAUUCAACUUUUCCGUGAUCUUCAGAUGAUAAGUUCUGAUCCUCUUCGCCAGAAGACGUUACAGUCGAUCCAAGAAGUUGUCAGCCUGUAUCAUGCUGCUGGAACAGUACAGAGCCGUCAUAAACCCCAAACUGUCAGCCAACACUCCAUUCAAAAUGAAAAUGUUGCUGAUGGAAAUGAACACUUUGUGAAUGGAAAUGCUAUAUCCUCUGAUGAAGAAACUGUGAAGGAAGAAGGCACUCAUUACCACUUGGCAGAAUCUUUGACUUCGUCACUAGUGGGAGAAAGUAACGAUGCACACUAUUUACUGAAUGCAGUGGCAAAGUGUGAGUCUGUUUCUAGACCCCACAGCAUUGCAAAAAGUGAGGAAGGAGCAGCAGCUUUAUUGCCAUCUGUUCACUCUCCACCGCAGGUUUUUCCAAGGAAUGCUGCUUGGAAUGUUAAGGAUGGAUUCACCCUUCCCACUGAACUUCCAGGCCGUUCAAGCAAGCUAGAAGUCCAGGCUGUGUUGGUGAACUUACUGCCUUUCCUUAGGGCCCACUUGGAUGAUACUUGUUCUUCCUCUCUCCUUGAAGCUGUUCGAAGACUUACACUGCAUUUUGUGCCAGCACAGAAGCUGUCCCUCAUUUCUAGCCCUACCCAGUAUUCCUCACAGCCCUCCCAUCUGGGGUGCUGCUACCAGGGACAGCUUGAUGCUCUGCUGGAAGAUGCACUUCUAAAGUUCCAAGGCUGCAGACUCCGUGACAUUAGUGAAGAAUUAUUGACUGUGGUUGCUGAAGUCUUGCUGAGUGAGCUGACAUUUCUUCGUCUUGUUGAUACUGUCAGCAGAGGAGACAACAACAAUGAAGGGGAUGAAGAAUGCUGCAAGAAUCCUGUAAUGAGAGACCACGAACUAGGGGAACAUGCAGAAAGCAGCAUAGCUAUCCACCAGCCAACUGAAUCCACUCAACAUUUUUUGACUUCAGAAAUUGGCAGUCAUAGUUACCGUGAUACUCAGGAUGCUGUAUUGGUUACCAAAUCUUAUAAUGGUGACCUUGCAGAGGCUGACCAAUCACAUCAUGAAGAGUCAGUGGAUGGCAUACCAGAACUAGAAGUGGAGAAUGCUACAGCUGUGUCUGUUGCAGAAGGGGUCUGUAGUGAGGGGCAGAGCACCCAACCUGAAGGGGCAGCUACUAGUGAUUCCUGCAUAGUGAAUAACACAGCAGAGGCAGCAGAGAAUGACUUCUUACAAGCAGAUGACUUGGUCACUGUUAAUAAGGGAACUGGAGAUUUAAGUAAGAAAGAGAUGGAAGAAGAGUGGGAAGUGGAGCAGGACAGGGAACAAGGAUUAGACAGAGUCCCAACUCGCUUGUCUACUGAUCAGCAGCAGCAAACAGCAGCAUGCAGUGGUACCAGUACCCCAGAACAGGACAGUCAUAGUUUGGUGCCACGUCCAGCAAAUCAGCCAGAUGCUCCCAGUCCAUGAUGCUUAUGAAGAUGUUGCUGGCUCUAGUGCGCUGUACAAUUAAUGUGACCCCAGUAGGACUUCAAAUGGAAUAACAUAGUUUCUACUGAAGUGUCCUUUCUUCUGUUAUUGGAUAAGUAAACACGUACUAGAGGCAGAUAUGUUAUUACAGAUUAGAACAAUGAUUCUUUCCAUUUUUGAAAUUAAAAUGGAAAAUGACAUUGUAAUUCACUGAUUGGUACUGUAAGGUUUCAUAAAUUUUAUCUUGCUUUUAAACAAAGAAAGAGGUUGAUUGUGGAAAAUAUAAAUCAGAAACAUGUAUUAUUUAAAAAAUGCAGCAAACAGGUGCAAUAUUAAGCAGUGUCCACUAGAAAUAAUAGCUAUGUAACAGUUCAGUGUUUUCUUUCAAACUUUUCAUGACAAUAAAAUAAUUGCCAUUUGGUAAAA